UGGAAAUGCGGAACACCACCUUAGCGUGUUCAUUAUUUGGUCACUUUUAAAACCACGAAAUAAUUUCGUGCACGACGUAAAGUUGGAUUCACGGAGUCUUGCAAAGUCUGUAAACGAGGUCACUUUUUUCUUUCGUGCCCCUGUUUUUGUCGUAAGCUCCACAGAAAUUGUCGUAAAUACACCAACAACUGCUACUUUUGGUGUACUCGUACUACAAACACAGUGCUGACGUGGAGGCUUUACGGCGUUGUGUGGAUAUGAAAAUGAGACGCUAAACCACAAGGUCUGCCACACUUCGAGAUAAACUGUUGUGCACAUGACGACGUUUGUUUUGAGUUCCUCCUCACUCUCUCUGUGCUGGGGCGCUCCUCGACAUGGCAGUGCAAGGUGCUUCCUACUGGCUGCGACCCUGCAUGCUUCUGCUGCUCUGUCUAUCUGAAGCCUUGUCCGAAGAGAUAAACAGAAAUUACUACGACACUCUUCAUGUUGAGCCAACAGCAACGGACAGCGAGAUAAAAAAGUCUUUCCGAAAACUGGCCGUGAAGUACCACCCUGAUAAGAACAAGAGCGCAGAUGCUGAGAAGACCUUCAGGGAGAUUGCUGAAGCCUACACAGUCCUCUCAAACAAGGAGCAAAGGAGGGUGUAUGACCGUGUGGGCCACGAAGCUUUCCUGAAAAAUGAGGACCUAGUCAAGCCUGAGGAUGAGUAUCAGACAAGCUUCCACUUCAGCUUCUCAGACGUCUUCCACGACUUUGAUGACAGUCUCUUUGGUGGACAGUGGGGCUUUCACCAGGAAGAGGAUGAGGAGGAUGGUCGUUAUGAACCCUACAGUUUUGAGGGGGAGAGAUUUAGCUUUUAUUUUGGCGAUCCAGAUGAAUAUGAAGAAGAGUACUACUUCUAAAAGGUUUUUUUUUGCCCUGUACUUGGAAUGACUGUAACCUUUUAACAUGUUUUCUUUUAUCGAUAAUAAAGUAUUCUGUCUAAAAUGCUC